AUGAAGCGAUUACGGGAGGAGGAGUAUAUGAACCCUCAAUUUAAGCGGCCGUUCGGUGCUUCACGCGGGGAAUCGUAUGCGCCAUCACAAUCUCAUAGUGCCAAUGGAGGUGGAGAAGUUGGAGUUGAAAGCGAGAAUGGUGGUAUCGGUAGUGGUGGAGGCGUUGUUGCUAGUAGUACACAAAAGCUUACCACCAAUGAUGCAUUGAGUUAUUUGAAGCAAGUUAAGGACAUGUUCCAAGAUCAAAAGGAAAAGUAUGAAAGUUUCCUUGAUGUCAUGAAGGAUUUUAAGGCUCAAAGAAUUGACACUGCUGGUGUCAUAGCAAGGGUAAAGGAAUUGUUUAAAGGCCACCCGAAUCUAAUCCUAGGUUUUAAUACAUUCUUGCCCAAGGGUUAUGAAAUUACCCUAACCGACGAGGAAGAGGCUCUGCCAAAAAGGAUAGUUGAGUUUGAAGAGGCCAUCAGUUUUGUCAAUAAAAUUAAGAGACGAUUUCAAAAGGAUGAUCAUGUUUAUAAAUCUUUCCUAGAUAUCUUGAAUAUGUAUCGGAAGGAACACAAGAGUAUAACUGAGGUCUACCGAGAGGUUGCAGCACUUUUUGAUGACCAUCCUGACCUUUGUGACGAAUUUACUAGAUUUUUGCCCGAUACUCAGGCGGCUGCUUCAACUCCGUAUGCUUCAUUUGGUCGUCAGUCCUAUGAUGAGAAGAGUUCUGCCUUGCCUACAACACGUCCGGUAGAUAAGAGAUUACCGAGGGACAGUAUUAUGGAUCCCAAUGGAGAACGUGAUCCUAGUAUAGCGCGUGCAGAUAUGGAUGAUAAUAAAGCAAUAACUAAGCUGCCCAAAGAGCAGAAGAAGCUUACUGAAAAAGAAAGCAGGGAUAAGAUGAAUUGCUAUCUGGAUGGUAGAGACCCUGAUAUGGAGAAGACUGGUAAUCAUAGGAUGCAUCGGCCGUCUGACAAAAAGAAGCCUGCUCUGAAUGUUGAAGACUUUGGUCGGGCACCUAUUACCUCCUUUGAUGAUAAAGAUGCAUUAAAAAGUUCGUACAACUACGAGUUCUCUUUCUGUGAUAGAGUCAAAGAGAGGCUGCAGAGUGAAGUUGAUUGCCAGGAAUUUUUAAAUUGCCUUCAAAUUUACAGUUCAGAAAUCAUUACUAGAAAAGAACUGCAGAUUUUGGUUGCUGAUUUACUUGGAAAAUAUCCAGAUCUAAUGGAGGGUUUCAACGAGUUUUUGGAGCGCUGUGAGCGCAUUGAUGGAUAUCUGGCUGGUGUUGUGAGAAAAAAAACAUUAAGGAAUGACGGGAAUUCUUCAAAAGCCCCUAGAAUAGAUGAGAAGGAGAAAGAACAAAAGCAUGACUUGGAAGGAGGGAAAGAGAAUGGGUGCAACUUGAAAUACUGGGGAAAGUCCAUUCAGGAGCUUGACCUAUCUGAUUGUCAACAGUGCACUCCUAGCUAUCGGCUUCUUCCUAAGGAUUAUCCAAUAUCUAUAGCUAGCCAGAGGUCAGAGCUUGGUGCUCAAGUUCUAAAUGAUCAUUGGGUGUCUGUGACAUCUGGUAGUGAGGAUUAUUCUUUUAAACAUAUGCGGAAAAAUCAGUAUGAAGAAAGCCUGUUCAGAUGUGAGGAUGAUAGAUUUGAGCUAGACAUGUUGUUGCAGUCAGUGAGUUCAACUGCUAAGCGAGCUGAAGAGCUUUUGAACAAUAUCAAUAAUAGUUCAGUUGGGUCAGAUGGUCCCAUACGAAUUGAGAAGUACUUCACAGCUCUUAAUUUGAGAUGCAUUGAACGACUAUAUGGGGAACAUGGUCUUGAUGUGAUGGACAUUCUGCGUAAAAAUCCACCACUUGCUUUGCCUGUUGUCCUAACACGUCUGAAGCAGAAGCAAGAAGAUUGGACCAAGUGCCGUUCAGAUUUUAACAAGGUGUGGGCUGAGAUAUAUUCUAAGAAUCACUACAAGUCUCUCGAUCAUCGCAGCUUCUAUUUCAAGCAGCAAGAUUCAAAGAAGUUGAGCACAAAAUCCUUAGUGGCAGAGAUCAAAGAAAUCAAAGAGAAAAGGCAGAAUGAGGAUGAUGUACUUCUUAGUAUUGCUGCUGGAAGGAGGCAUUUUGUCACUCCUGACCUCGAAUUUGAUUAUGCCGAUGCUGAUGUUCAAGAAGAUGUCUUUAAGAUUAUCAAGUACUCCUGUGAAGAGAUCUGUUCAGCAAAAGAUCAAUAUAAUAAAGCUUUGAGGUUUUGGACUACUUUUCUUGAGCCGAUGUUGGGUGUUCAUUCUCAUCGCCAUGGUUUGGAGACUGAUGAAGGUAACGAUGUCUCCAAAUGCCAAAAUAACGAAGACAACACUGGUGUAAUAGAAAGGGAUGCUAGUGCAAAUACCGAUCUUACCACCACAAAUUUGAAGCUAGCAAAGUCUAAUUGCAAUGGAGAUUCUAGUUCAACACCUCAAAGAACGGAUUUCAGAACUGGUUUCACGAAUGUGGGUAGUUCGGCUGAAGAAGGAAUAGCAGUGGCUUCUGGUGAAAGAUUAACCAAUCCAAAUGCAGCUGUUACUUUAGGAUCAGACAUUAAUCACGGGUAUGGCGCAUGUGCUUCAAAAGUGAGUAAUGUUGCCACUGAGGAAGGCAAUGAAGCCAGAUCAAAUAUGGAUGAUACAACUCCCUCAGCGGGUGGGGAGCAAUCUAGAUUGAGAAAGCCAUCAGGUGGAGAUUAUGCAGAAGGGUCCAUACUUUCCAGAUAUAAUGAGGAUCCUGCUGAUCCUUGUAAAAAUGAGAAAGAGGAGGGUGAGCUGUCUCCUAAUUGUGAUUCUGAAGAUAAUUUUGGUUCCUACCAAGACAGCAUUCUGCAAGUCUCGCCUGAAAAAAAGCAUGGCAAUGGAGUAAGCCAAGGUCAAACGAAGGAUCGCAAAGACAAUGCUGAUGACAGUGAAAAUCCAUCAGAAGCUGGAGGAGAUGUUUCAGGCAGUGAGUCUGCUGCUGAUGUGUAUUCACGGGAAGAUCCUGAGGAAGAAGAAGAUGGCAAAGCCGAAAGUGAAGGUGAGGAUCAUGGUGGAGAUGCUGCUGCUUUGGUGCCGCAAUCUGAACGAUUUAUGCUGAUGUGUAAACCUCUAUCAAAGCAUGUGGCUUCCUCAUUGAUAGGCGAUGAGAAGAAGGAUCAACAUGUUUUCUAUGGAAACGACAUAUUUUAUGUGCUUUUUAGGCUGCAUCAGACACUUUAUGAGAGAAUACUAUUUGCUAAAGUCAAUUCAGUACGUGAUGAAUCAAAGUUGAAAAACACAAAAGAUGCGACUCCCGAUCCAUAUGUUAGAUUCAUGGGUGCACUUUUCAGUUUACUUGAUGGAUCUUCUGACAAUACAAAAUUCGAAGAUGAUUGUCGAUCUUUGAUUGGGAAUCAGUCCUACAUGCUAUUCACAUUGGAUAAGUUGAUCUAUAAGUUGGUUAAACAGCUUCAAACUGUUUCAAGUGAUGAGGCUGAAUGUAAGCUGGUUCAGUUGUAUCAAUAUGAGAAAUCUAGGAAGCCAGAGAAGUUUGUUGAUUCAGUUUAUUAUGAAAAUGUUAAUGUCCUUUUGCACGACGAGAAUAUAUACCGGUUCGAACGUAUAUCCAAUCCGACUCAGUUUUCCAUCCAGUUGAUGAAUGAUGAAGAUGAGAAGUCUGAAGUUUUUGCAGUUUCAAUAGAUCCGAAUUUCGCGACGCAUCUUCACGAGGAGUAUCUUUCAGUGAACCAUGUAAAGGAGGAGUCAUCAUUGAAUAUGCUGAAAAGGAAUCUACGCAAGUGUAGGAACAUAGACGAACCCACUGCGCUGUAUAGGGCAAUGGAAAAUGUUCUGAUCAUGAAUGGGUUGGAAUGUAAGAUGGCGGCAAGCACAUCAAAGAUCACGUAUGUUAUCGACACGGAGGAUUCAUUUAUUCGUUUAGGAAGGAAACUGGUUAGAUCUUCUUCGUCCAACGAACAAACAAAGGUCCAACGGUUUCACAAGUUUUUGGCAGCCUCUAUUGGGGAUUCAAAGGGAACCCCUUUGUGA